UGUAGAAACCUGGGGAAAUCUGGGCUGCGAGUGUCGUGCCUUGGGCUGGGAACUUGGGUCACUUUCGGGGGUCAGAUCUCAGACGAGGUGGCUGAGCAGCUGAUGACCAUUGCCUACGAGAGUGGUGUGAACCUGUUCGACACGGCUGAGGUGUAUGCAGCUGGCAAGGCUGAGGUCAUCCUGGGCAACAUCCUGAAGAAGAAGGGUUGGAGGAGAUCCAGUCUGGUCAUAACAACAAAGCUGUACUGGGGUGGAAAAGCCGAAACAGAGAGAGGGCUUUCCAGGAAACAUAUCAUUGAAGGGCUAAAGGCUUCUCUCCAGAGGCUGCAGCUGGAGUAUGUGGACGUGGUCUUUGCCAACCGACCGGACAACAACACCCCCAUGGAAGAAAUUGUCCGAGCGAUGACACAUGUGAUCAACCAGGGCAUGGCCAUGUACUGGGGCACGUCACGCUGGAGUGCCAUGGAGAUCAUGGAAGCCUACUCUGUGGCUAGGCAGUUUAACAUGAUCCCACCUGUGUGUGAACAAGCUGAAUAUCAUCUGUUCCAGAGAGAGAAAGUGGAGGUUCAGCUGCCAGAAUUGUAUCACAAAAUUGGGGUGGGAGCAAUGACGUGGUCUCCACUGGCCUGUGGGAUCAUCUCAGGGAAAUACGGCAAUGGGGUCCCUGAAAGCUCAAGGGCUUCACUCAAGUGCUACCAGUGGCUGAAGGAGAAGAUCAUCAGCGAGGAGGGCAGGAAGCAGCAAGGGAAGCUGAAGGACCUGUCGCCCAUUGCGGAGCGCCUGGGCUGCACACUGCCACAGCUGGCUGUCGCAUGGUGCCUGAGGAAUGAGGGGGUGAGCUCUGUCCUGCUAGGAUCUUCCAACCCAGAGCAGCUGAUAGAGAACCUUGGAGCCAUACAGGUCCUUCCAAAGAUGACAUCCCACAUUGUAAACGAAAUAGAUAACAUCCUGGGGAACAAGCCCUACAGCAAGAAGGAUUACAGAUCCUAAUGCUCUGCAUGACUCUGCUGGACUGCAUGGUCUAGACGUGCUCUGUACACGAGUGCAGCCCCGACUCAGUCUCUGGCCCUGAGCAUCAUCCAGCAGCUUGCUGCUCAUGUCUGCUCUCACUGCACCCUCCCAGGUGCUGUGCUCUGGCUCCUACCUGCAGUGAAAUCUAAAAGCACAGUUGAUCUCUCUUCUAACCAGGAAUAACCUUGUAUUUUCUUACCUUCGAGCGAGUCCGUUCAGUUUGACUUUCCUCCUUGCACCUCCUGCUUGUGCUGUGACCAACACUUGUAAAGCAAAAAAA